AUGAUGAUGAAGCAGUUGGAUGAAGAUGAUGAAGAAAACGAAGAAGAGGAGGGAGGGUUGAGUAAAUCUGGUAAAGAGUUAAAGAAACUGCUCGGUAAGUCUAAUGGUUUGAAUGAAUCUGACGAAGACGAUGAUGAUGAUUCAGAAGAGGAGGAGGAGACAAACUUUAGUCCAGUUACGAAUUUAAAACAGGAGGUGGCGAAAGAAGAACCUGUUGAAACUGCACCUGCAAAACCUGCACCAUCUGGACCUGCUCGUGGAACACCUCCUGCAAAACCAUCUAAGGGAAAGAGAAAACUAGAAAGCGAUUCUAAAAAGCCUAGCAGCUCUGUUCAAAAGAAAGUGAAGACUGAAAACGAUCCGAGAUCUUCAGUGAAGGAAGAGAGAACAAACACAGUUUCAAAAUCCAACACACCAACAAAAUCAGUGAAAGCUGAACCAGCUUCAGCUCCUGCAUCAUCCUCAGCUGCGACCGGGCCUGUAACUGAAGACGAAAUACGGGCAGUUCUGAUGGAGAAGAAGCAAGUCACUACACAGGAUCUUGUUUCCAGGUUUAAGGCAAGACUUAAGACCAAAGAGGACAAGACUGCUUUUGCCGAUAUUCUGAGGAAGAUCUCAAAGAUACAGAAGAACGCUAAUUCUCAAAACUUCGUCGUCCUGAGAGAAAAAUGA